CCGGGGCAGCCCAGCCCGGCGGCGGAGGCGCCGUUGGAGACGGUGGGGCUGUGCCCGGCCCCGCGCCCCACGGGGGAGCGUGUUGUGCCGCGGGGGGAGCGCAGGCCGUGUCUGAUGAGAAAUGGAAAUCUGGCUCAAAGUCAUCCUUCCUGUUGUUGACAUCACCUGAAAACUCCACUGAAAAUAUUUCCACUAGUUUACUGCAAACAUCAGCUUCCCCUGAGGUCUCAACACCUUGAGCAGUGUACCAUACUGCGGUACAGAGACUUGCUGUCGCCGUCAGCACUGGAAAAGACUGAAGCUGGCAUCCCCAUUGUCCACAGCCAGAGGUUGCCCUGCAUGACACAGCUGUAAAAUGUUCAUCAGAAAAAACUGAAUGGUAGAUCCUUAAGAGUCCAGAGGAUGGCAUAGCAAUAACGUCACCGUCCGGGGAGCUGGGGUCCUUCCUUGCUUGCCUGCGUGCUGCUUGAACUGAUCCCAAGCCUUUGUUUUUGGACCGAAGAAGCCUGAAAACCUUUCUCUCCUAAUUCAUGAGCCAGCAGGAUGUGGUCGCUGUGCUUUCAGAACGCCUGCUCGUAGCCGCCUACAAAGGCCAAGUGGAGAAUGUGGUGCAGCUUAUCAACAAGGGUGCCAAGGUAGCGGUUACCAAGCAUGGCCGGACCCCCCUGCAUCUUGCUGCCCACAAGGGUCAUCUCCACGUUGUCCAGGUUUUGUUGAAGGCAGGUUGUGACCUGGAUAUUCAGGAUGAUGGUGAUCAGACAGCAUUGCACCGGGCUGCUGUUGUAGGGAACACCGAUGUUAUAGCAACUCUGAUUCAAGAGGGGUGUGCUUUGGACAGACAAGACAAGGAUGGGAACACUGCUCUUCAUGAAGCUUGUUGGCAUGGAUUCAGUCAGUCUGCCAAAGUGCUCGUUAAAGCAGGAGCCAAUGUUCUUGCCAAGAACAAGGCAGGUAACACACCUCUUCACCUGGCUUGCCAGAAUAGCCAUUCCCAGAGUACUCGUGUUUUGUUACUUGGAGGAUCUCGAGCAGACCUCAAAAAUAAUGCAGGAGAUACUUGUCUGCAUGUGGCUGCUCGUUAUAAUCACUUGCCCAUCAUUAGGGUGCUGCUCAGUGCUUUCUGUUCUGUCCAUGAAAAGAACCAGGCAGGGGAUACUGCGCUCCAUGUAGCUGCUGCUCUAAAUCACAGGAAGGUGGUUAAGCUGCUGCUGGAGGCAGGGGCUGAUGCAUCCGUUGUCAACAAUGCAGGUCAGACCCCUCUAGAGGUUGCCAGACAGCACAAUAAUCCUGAGGUUGCACUCCUCCUCACUAAAGCAUCACAGGUCUCACGCUUUAACCGUGGAAGAAGCCUGAGAAAGAAGAGAGAGAGACUGAAGGAGGAAAGGCGUGCUCAGUCGGUACCACGGGAUGAAGUGGUACAGAGCAAGCAGGGCAGCGUCUCAGCUGCUGACGACACGCCGAGCAGUGACCAGCCACCGCAGAGGAAGAGCGAUCUGAAGGGUGAACCCCGGUCAACCUCACCAGAUCCCAAAGGGAAGAAGAGCAAAAAGAAAAAGCCAAAGGAAAAGCAGGUUUCAGCACUCUCGGACCCCAUCUCCCCAGCCGAUCAGCAGACACUCCCUCGGCCCCAGCAAAACGUGCCUAAGCGCAGAAGUAAACACCACUGCUCCUCUCCACCCCCUCCCCACGAGGUCCGAGCCUACCAGCUCUACACGCUCUAUCGAGGAAAGGAUGGGAAGGUGAUGCAGGCACCAAUAAAUGGAUGUCGUUGUGAGCCCCUGAUAAAUAAACUGGAGAAUCAGUUGGAGGCAACGGUGGAAGAGAUAAAAGCUGAGUUUGGGACAGUACAAGAUAAGAUGAAUGUUAAGCUGGGCCAGAUGGAAAGCAAAACUCAACAUCAACUCCGUGUUUUAGACAAGCUUAUGGCUGAGCGGCUGUCCGCAGAGAGAACGGAGUGCCUUCACCGCCUGCAACAGCACACGGAGUUGGAAAAAAACGAGGGGGAGAAACGGCAGGUUUCCUUGGUCGAUGAGCUGAAGACUUGGUGCAUGUUGAAGAUUCAGAAUCUGGAGCUCAAGCUUUCUGGAGAUUCCAGGUCAUCAAGACCAAAAUCAACUUUGUCCACUUGUGAGUCUCUCACUGAGACCCUGGAUACUGAGAACAACCCCCACAGUGCCAAGGACUGUAAAGCCAACCAGCCCGUGCUGCAGUCAGAGGGCUCCCACCAGCAUUCCUAUAUCACGCUUCCAAAUAGCCUCGUGGAAGAUGGGGGAAGGAGCAGAGUCCAGAUGCCAGAACAGAGCUUUGGGCAACAUUUUUGCAUUCAACAAGAUGGUGCAUCGGGUACGACCUUGUCAGGUACAGAGCAACAGUUAAUCGCUGGCGGACCAGUUUCUUCUUCUGCCCCUGCUCAAGACGUCAGGCCAAAGGACAAAGCUGUUAGCGCCAGCACGUUCCACAGGUUCCAGCAGGAGCUGCCCUCCUCCGAGCUUUUGGGCUCCAAAUUGAGACACGUUAAGGUUCAAGCUGCUUUGCAGCCCUUGACUGAACCUGCAAAGACUGAACCACAGAGCGGCUACUUCAUCGACAAAGGAACUCAGACGAAGAAGUCCAGCAAAAGCGGGCAGUCGAGGCACAAAGCUCUGCACCACGCUGGGGCACAUCAGAGCCAGGAGCAGCAGCCCUCCGCCCUGCCUGCGGGGCAGCCGCCUGCCCCUCCACUCAGAGACACCUCCCAGGCCCUGGAGAUAACGCAGUACUUCUUUGAGGCCGUUUCCACCCAGAUGGAAAAGUGGUAUGAACGGAAAAUAGAAGAAGCCCGGUGCCAAGCUAAUCAGAAGGCGCAGCAAGACAAAGCUGCGCUCAAGGAGCAUAUUAAAAGCUUAGAAGAGGAGCUCAGCAAAUUAAGGACUAAGGUGCAGAAAGAGAGCUAGCAUCUACCAAGCGGGUAAAGACAAGCAACAGGACUCAUUUGGGAAUCUGGAAUAUUGAUAGAGAGAGAUAUAUAUAUUUGUAGUGCCUGUUACAUCCAAACAAAAUGCUCUUUUUCAGGAGUAGAAAUAACUUUGGAAACUCCAGAACUGAGGAGAGUUCAUAUGCAGACUGUACUGAUGACAACGAAAUGCUGCAGAUUAGAUCCUUUCUUCGUUAUUUCCAAGAGUCUGUUAAAUAUUGCACUCUCAAUUUCCAGGUGCUGCUUGAAAACAAACUGCAUUAGAAACCAAAACUGCUUUCUGAAAAGGGAAUUUCCUUAUUUUCACAAUAGGUCAUGUGUGGCUAGAGGGUUCCGCUGUAUGCUACAUGUAAACACAUGGCGAUACCAAUACUGAAAUAGAUUCAGCAUGUUUGAGAGCUUUUGACAGAAAUUCCUUAGCGAUGAAGGGCUAUUGAUACUAUUUUAGAUACUCCCCACAGCCUCUCUGUCAUCAAUGGAGAGAAGCUACAGAACCAACUCAAAUUACAAGCCCACGUAGAAGACUGAUGCAGGCUUCCAGCUGGGAGAGGCCAGGCCACCCCAGAGUGAGGUGCCGGGGUGAGUCAUCCCAUUAGGUACAGAGGCUUCAGUUGCCACUGUGCUUUUCUUUUGGGUUUCCGUUAUUAAAACAAAUGCUAAGUUAGAUUUGUCUUUUUUUUUUAAUGGUGUCCUGGUUGCAAAGCUCCUUGUGGUUACACGGCUGUUGGGGCCAUACUCCAGUAAUGUGACUGAGAAGAUUUGUUUAGGGCAUGGAUGGCAAAUAUUUCACCAUAACUGUGCUCUACUUGUUAGGUAUAAUUCUUAUCUCUCUUUUCCUUCAAGCAGCAAAUGGCUGAAUUCUCUACUACUGAAGCCUGAAAAAGUCCUUUAUCUAAAGAAGGGAAAGCUUGGUUCCCUGUACUCCAAUGUCGCUUUUUCUGCGGAGUCAGGAUUUUCUCCCGGACACCUUGUCCAGACUGUCUUCCUGUGUUCCUCUGAAUGAUUCCUCUCUCUGUUUUUCCCCUUGUAUCUCUAAAAGGAGAGGCUGGGCCCUGGUGAGUCUGCAGGUCUUAGGACUGGUUUCACAAACAGUCCCACAAAAUAGAACUCAACAACAUUUUAAAGUUUUUAUGGAUGUGUUUUGUUAUAAAAUAAAAACUUACAAUGACCAAUGUUGUCCAGGCUGACAGACGCUGAAUACACCAGAAGCACUGUAACUCGUUGCGUCUGCACCCCUUUAGGGUUUCCUCCCUAUACCUCUGAGAAGGCACCAUCAGAUUCUGUUAGAAAAGUAAGUUUACUUAACAGAUCAUGAGAGAACAAUUGUUCAAAACCAGUUCAAACACAGGAUAGUACUGUUAUGCCAAGGAGAAAGAGAUUUUUUUUCUGUACUGAGGAGCCCUGAAAUCAAUACAAAAUACUUUACAGUAUUGAAGACACCAUUGACUAAUUAGUAAUUAAGCUUUUGUCUUCUUAGCAGAUGUAUAAAGCAAAGAGCACUGUAUUAUAUAACAAUAUUUUUAAAGUUCCUAUUAAUGCACUAUCAAGACAAGAAAAGUGUAUCUGCAGUUAUGGAAAUACUAGUUUUAUUGCUCUGACUUCCGUAGCCUAAUACAGACACUUUCAUAUGUUUACAGUUUUGUUUAAGCUACUGUAGGAAUGCAGAAGCAUGCUAUUUAAGUUUUGUAUCAUCUUGAUAGUGACUGUUUUGCCAAGCAAUUAAAGUAAGUGUUGCUCAGAA